AUGGACCGGUUGGACCAACUGGCCUGUUGGUCCUAUGGACCAGUUGAACCAACUGGCCUGUUGGUCCUAUGUCUUUGGUUUUCAUCCGGGGACAUCCUCGACCCUGUACUCCCCCCCUCCCCCUCCCACUCCACGGCUCCCCCCCCCAUUUUCCCCACUCCCUCUCCUCCCCCCUCCUCCGCUCCCCCUCCCUCGACUCACCCAACUUCCCCCCUUCGUGCUCCCCCCCCCCCUUGCUCCCGCCCCCACACUCGCUCCCUUGUACACAUCCUCCUCGCCUGCAGAUUCACCCUUCCCCGGCCGCCCGCACCAGCGCUCUUACGCAGCCGUGGCGCAGUGUAG